AUGGACAAUCGUAAGAGAGGGUUUGAUGAGGUCGAGAAGGAACCUUCUGCACCGCACUGGGCUGAUAUUAGGCUUCUUUAUGAGGCCGCGGAUUCCUUCGGACUUCCGGCUCUUGAGGGCCAGGCUUUUCAUGUGGCCUUGGACGGUCGUGCUGUUUUUGAAACUAACAGGUGGCUGCUUUCCGGACAUUUGUUGGCAAGUUGGAUGGGUGGGUCCUCCAGGGAGGGCUCCGCUGGGCCCAAAGUUGUCGUUGCAGUUUCCGAGACAGUUUACGCUUCCGUGGUGGCUCACACGUCAGUCCUUCGCAUUCUGCAGGCAAAACUGACGGCAGGAACUUCGCUGCCCAUCAUCGACACGUGCUCAGGCUUGUCGGUCGUUGCAGGAACCAGCCUGCUUCAAUGCACCGAGACCAUCGAGGUGGCGGAGCUCUUUUGCGGGGGCUUCAACGGUUGGAGCCAGGGUGUCAAGGUGUUGAGAAGCUUCGGAUAUAAGUGCCGCACUCGCUGGCUUUUGGAUACUGCACAAGAAUGCUUUGAAGGCUCGCGGCAGGUCAAUCCAGGCCUCCAGGCGAUUUAUAACCAGGAGGAGCUUUUGCAACAGUGUUCAUCACAGGACCUGGGCUUUAUCUGCACAAAUCUGGAAAGCCCAUGGUGGCUUCAAGGCUUGGUGAUUACGGCCCCUCAGGUCAUAUGCGUUUCCGCUCCGUGUCAGCCUUGGAGCGUGGGCGGCCUAGGUUCGGGUUUAGACUCGGAGGAGGGUAGAUUACUGCUGCAUGUCUUCGGACAAAUGGCCUUCCUGCAACCAGCGGUCAUUGUUCUUGAGCAAGUUCCCGGCUUUCGCAAACAUCCGCACUUUGAUCAGGUGCAGCAGGCUUGGAUCGAGGCAGGUUAUCGUGAGGCAUGGGCCAGCAUCCUGGACAUGGUGGACGUGGCACCCACGUCGAGGCGGCCCACCUUGGGUUCCUUUGACUGCAUCCUGCGUCUGCCCCAUGACAUGCAUGAGGACUGCGUGUUGGACGAGGCCACACUUGCAAAAUACCUUGACCCAUGGUUCCUGCCACCGCCACAGCACAACCAGCAUCAUGCGCAGUCCCCUCAGGCUUUCAGGUUUCGCGGCCUCUCUGAUAGAGCCUCCUGCUUUGUGGCCCAGUACCACUAUCAACAUGAGCUGUCGGAUCGCAUUUUAGAGCGGGCCGGGCUUUUCGGCAUCCUCCUUGAACUGCCUCAUGAGGUCAGGUUUUUCAGUGGUGCUGAGGUAGCACUGAUGCAUGGAGCGAUCAGCCCUAUCUGGCUGCCAAAGGACGACCGCGUGCAGAUGCGUUUGAUGGGCAACGGCAUUAGUAUCUUCCAUGCCGUUAUCCCCCUCACCUUGGCCUUUCAGGUUAUAGGUCCCCGCUCCCUUAGGGUGUCCACCGCACAGGCUAUUCUGCAAGGCAUGGCCAUGCGGAUUAAGGCGAGUCAGGCACGUAUCCUUGACCUAAAGGAGGGCUGGGUUCUUUGCCGCGCUGGUACGGCCCUGCAGUCCUUCAUUGAGGCCCACCACACAUGGGUGCCACGACAGCAGCUGCCAGACCCCUCACUCAGGUUCGGGCGCUUCGUGUGUGUUGGUCGGGCGGAGACGUGCCACUUCGUGGUAAGCCCCGCGGUUGCUCUUCCCGGUUUUCUUGCCCUGUUGGGCCAUGAGUUUCCAGCCGAAACAUAUGCACAGCUCCAGCUGAUGCAGAUCCCGCUGGAUACUGCCCUGCCUCGUGACUUUGAUCCGCCAGGCGAGGCGCAACUUGAUCUGGAGACCUUGCCCCCACUUCCACUGCCGAGCUGUCUCCCGCAAGAGGAUGGCCAGGACCUGCUGCUGGUCAUUGGCCAACAAGCCUACUACGUGCUGCAUCGCAACGGCCCCACUUUCUUCUGGGAAAUGGCACAGACCAUGGCUAUGGAGGGCUGGCGCCAAGCCGAUUUCUUCGAAACUGACGAUUGGUUUUCCCGCGAGGGAUGCCCCGUGGAAGGUCUCUCUGGACCAACUGGCCUGCUUCAAGGUGCUGAGUGCAGCAAGCCCGCCGCGGGUGCGCAUCUCCGGCCCCGCUGCAACACUGCUCUGCAAGGUCGCGAUCGCCUUCGCAUACCAGAGACACAGGUCCAGGUGCAAGGUGAUACGUUCUGGUUCGGCUACCUUCCGACCUCUCCUUCCAAGACCUCAGAUGACCUCACUUUGGGCGCAGCUUCUCUCGGACCCUCGCCGUUUGGUUUCAUCAACAGCGGCGGCUGGCUCUUGGUUACUUUCAUGCCUGAGACCAGAGGCGGUGGUGCUAAGGAUGCCAAGUUCCGUUCCGCCCAGAAGGGCCUGGCACAGCCACCCCCGGCACUGAGAAGGCGUGCAGAGGCUGCGCGGCGACGUGCCAAAACCGAAACCAAGGUGCGUGCUGCUGACUUUGUCCUUUUGCCCGGCUUCUUCAAGAAUGCAGACAUCUAUGACUAUCCUCACGCCGCGGCCAAGAACGACCUCCUGCUUGCCUGGGCCUACCAGCGCGCUACAUUGUCAUGCGUUCCAGCGUUGGUGGCGGGUGAUUUCAAUACCUGCCCCACUGAGUUAACCUGGCAGGCCUUUCAGGGUCUUGGCUGGGUCGAGUUGGGCUCCUUCGCCUCUUUGGUGCACGGGCUCCACCUUCCCAGCACAUUCAAAGGUGCCACCAGGUAUGAUACCUUUCUUUUACCUCCUUCCCUGUUCCAGUUUUUCUCCUCUGCCGAUGUCAUGACUGACGAACACGUCCAGAUGGCUUUGGUCCCCGAGGCUUCCCCUGUCGAUAAGCUUCGCCUCUGGUCUGCCACAGUCGAAGAAGCCGUUUCUGUUGCCCUCAGGAAGGCCGCUGCCGAACGGUCGACCGCAAACAAGCAUGCCCCCCUCGUCUUCCUCGGGCUGGACGUCAUGGUGAUCCGGAGCCGUCCGCUGAAGACACAUCGGCAGCUUCGCCGUCUCACCACCUUCAAACAGGGCCUUGCCAAGCACCUCCGAGGGGCUUUCCGUGGGCCCUUGGCUGUUGACGGUUGGCCUGUCAGCCUCCAUAGGGAGUGGGGUGCCAUUUGUCGGGCUUCAGGCUAUGGCCCUUCCUUUUCCAGCUGGGUCCUCCAGUGGCCAUGUUUUUCUCAUUUCCCGUUGCACCGGCCUGACCUGGACUUUCUCACUGACAUCACCAGCCUGGUUAAGUUUGACGUGGAUGCUCUGCAGCGGCAGGCUGUAGCUGUGAAAUGCAAGCUCUUCCGCUUCCAACUACAGGUUGACGCCUCGGAUUUUGGCGGCUCCAAAAGCUUUGUCCGUAUCAAGCCACCUGAGAAGCCUCCCUUCACCUGUGUUCUCCUGGACUACAGAUCCCCGGCCCGCUUGAUCCAGCGCCAUUCUUUCCAACUGUGCACUUUCCAGGUCCAGGCGGUCAGGCCCUUCGAACUGCUCUGCCAGGUCUCCUUCGCCCAGAUUCAGGGACAGGUUACAAGUGCACAAGAUGACCGGGUCACAGUGCUCUUCCCGGCGGAUGAUGACUUUGUCUUGCCGACCUGCGGUGAGCUCCGAAGGCUUCGCCACGACUCUUCAUGGGAAGGUGUGAUAGGUUCCCUCAUGGAAUACUGGUGCCCUAUCUACCGGGAUAACCGCAGUGAGGCCACGGAUCUCGAGAACUGGCCGGGCUACCAGCACCUUGUGCGCCUGCUCUCAAGCCCAUGCCCUACCAUGGACAUCAACAUGACGGAUACCUCCGCCUGGCUUCAUGUUGCCAGAGGCUUGUCCCCCCGCAAGGCUACUGGAGUGUGCGGCUGGCAUAAUAAGGACCUCCGCCUCUUGCCGGCCGAAGCAUUGGCUGAUUUGGCCUCCAUCAUGCAACAGCUCUUGCCUCUGGGAUUCCCGGAUUUCCUUAUGAAAGCUCGGGUUGCUGUUUUGAGUAAAGUUCAAACGCCAGACAGCGCGGCGCAGGCGCUGGUCGAGGAAAGCCUCUGUGAGAGAUCGGACCUGUCCGGCCUUCAACUUUCUGCCGCGGCCCCCCUUUGCGAUCUGUUGAUGCGCCUCGGCCUUCCCUCUGACGUUGCUCAAGGCUGGGGCAAAUCCCUGACAAAGGUGUCUCGCUCCUUCCAGAUUCAUGGCAGUUUGGGCCCCGAGCUCCCUUCAACCACAGGUGCGCCCGAAGGCGACCCCACAUCUGUCUUGGGCAUGAUUGCGGUUUGUUGGCUUUUCGUGGAGCUGCUCCAGGGGGUUGUUUCUCCGAAGGCCUACGUUGACAACUUGUCCUGGACCUCAGAUGACCCGGAAAAUCACGCCCCGGCCCUCUUGAUCCUGGAGGAUUUCCGCCAGGCCCUUUCCUUGGAAAUUGACUGGCAGAAGACUUACCAGUGGGCUACUUCUCCGGUGUCCCGCACGUGGUGGCUCACCGUUGGGGUUGAUUUUCUCCCCGGCUCUACUUGUCUUGUUGAUCAGGUCAAAGAGCUUGGCUCCUACUUUCAGUUUACCAGGCGCCGCUCACGAGGCCCCUUCCAGCAACGGCUUCAGGAAGCCUUACAACGCCUCUCCAAACUGGGCUCAGACUCCCAGGGCUUGCCUACAAAGGCGCAGGUGGUUCAGGGUGGAGUUUGGCCCUUCCUUUUCUUCGGCACUAAAGGCCUGGCCCCUCCUACGUCCACCGUCCAUACCUUGCGCAGUGCCGCUGCACGUGCCAUUGUCGGUCCACAUCAUAUUUUGUCGCCGUAUGCAGCGAUGUGCUUCCUGCCCGCUGUGCAGGAUCCUGAAAUCUUCCUGCUCUGCCACCACGUCAGUCAAUUGCGACGGGCCUUCGCCACUACCCCAUCAACUGCCGCAUUGAUACUGCAGCGCCUUACCGGGCCCUCCUUUUCUCAGAGGACUGUUUGUGGGCCGGCUAGUGCCCUUCAGGUACUGUUAGCCAGGAAUGAUUGGACCGUGCAGGCGGAUGGCCUCUUCCGGGGCCCCUUACAUUGCCGCUUCCACUUGCACUCCGCCUCUGCCCGCCAGGUGCGCAACAUGUUCCAGUUGGCAUGGGGCUCGCAGGUGCAGGACCAGAUACAGCACCGUAAUGGCCUUUCCACUGCCCCAACACCGCAUGCUCAGCUGUCAGCUGCCUCCCUUGCCUCCUUUCGGCCUUGGGAGCAAAAGUUUCUUGCCCGCAGCAUGUGUGGUGGUUUCAUGUCCGGAGCGGAGCGCAACACUUGGUCCAGGGAUUCCACGGACCUCUGCCCAUUGUGCCAUGAACUGGACACGCGGGCCCACAGGAUCUUCUGCUGCCCAGCUCUCCAGGACAAGCGUGCGCCCCACAUGUCCGUCCUUGCCGCUGUGCAGGCGCAACUUCCGCACUGGACGUACAUGCCAUAUGUUUCUUGGCCCUACGAAGCAUCGGUUUUAAAACUCCUGCUCGCGCAACUCCGCCUCCCAGCUGUCGCCGGGCCUGUCGCAGACCAACAUGUGUACCUUUUCACUGACGCCAGUGCCAUCCACACCAAGUGUCCCUCAGCACGCGUCACUGCUUGGGCGGUGGUCCGUGGACAGCCGCCGUCAUCUGCCCCCAACCUUACGGCCGAGGAUACAGUGCCGAGAGCUGAACUUGCAGCCUUGGCAUGGGCGAGCGCAUGGGCCCAACAACAGCAAAAUGUUUCUGUCGACAUCUGGACAGAUUGCCAGCCUGCACUAGACCUUUGGCACCGCUGGUGCCGCUACGGCUGGGAGUACAUACGAGGUUCAGUGAAUGCUGACUUGCUUCGAGAUGUGCCGCGCCCCACUUCUGUACAGGCACAUAAGAUCAAGGCGCACCGCUCCUCGGCUGAGCUGUCUGCUACUCCAUACUGGGACCAGUGGCUGGCGGCAGGAAAUGCUGCUGCCGAUGAGGCGGCUAAGCAAGCUUGCCGCGAUUUGCCUGCAGCGGUGCACGCCAUGUCUGACCAGGUCGCUUCGGCUUCGUGCCGUCUGGAACUUUUGGAGCGCCUUCGGAACUGGCGGGUGCCUCCAUCGGGGCUCUUGUCCGUCCCGGAAGCGUGGGAGGAGUCGUGGGCGAACUGGCCAUUUGGCCUAACGUAUGGGCGACUUUUGCUUCAAUGGUUGCAACGCUUGCGGUGGCACAAGCCGCCUGCAGCACCAGACGCCACUUGGGAGGUGUCCUACCUGGAGAUGCUGCUCAGUUUCUGCGAUACCGCCAACACACCUCCGCUGGUCGAGAACGUUUUUCAGCCCGGCUCUUAUUGGUCCCUGGUCCAGGCGAAAUCUCAGUUGCAGCACGUCAGUGUCCGACAAAUGGUUACUUGUUUCAGAGCGGCCCUGAUUCGGCUCGGCUCGCUCUUGCAACAUACAAUAUUCCCUUGUGCAGAAGUCAAGGACAUAGCCCACCUUCGCUUCUUCAGAAUCACGUCUCCGAAUCCCGGACUGGCUGCGCGCCCUUUCUUGCCUGGAAAUGGUUGGGUGGACCUACUGGAGCAAU